UAUGUGAUUUUUGCUUGUAAUCAGGUAUCAGAUAACGAAAACAAAAUUUCGCUUUUCCGUACUAAUCGAUUUCGCAUAGUGGAAAUUAUGAAAAUUUAUAGAGAGCAAUUUCGCUUUAUCGCACAGCAUCGGCGUGUCAAAUUCCUUUUAGAAAAAUAUUAUGCAGUAUUUUCAUAUUACUUUCUGCAUCGUGCUUUUCUGAUUAAAACGUGGACACGAAUACGAUUUGAAACACGUCCGAUCCGAUCCAGCGACCCGAUGACUGCCGUUCAUACGGUAAUCCAGUGUAAUCGCAACGGCGGUAGCAGUGCGUAUUUUGAUUGUAUAAAUAUAAUGCAAAUCUAUUAUCUUGUAUUUGCGUAAUAAAAUUAGUUAAACAAAUGGUUCGCAGCAAGCAGAGCAGAACAGAAAUAAUGAGUGAGGACAAUCGAAAAAAAAUAUGGGAAGCAAACGCGCGCUCUUCUGUAUCUUCCUCGCUUUUCUAUCUUCGAUACGAAAUAUCAGCUCCAACCAAGAUGUAAGUACGAAUCCUUUAAUUUAAUCUGGAUUUUAGGAUUGUUUGAUUUCGUAGUUCUGCUUGGAGGGAAUCGAGUAUGUUGGAGACGAUAAAGUUACUUGGAAAUCGGGGAGAGGAUCGAGCAUUUCGCAUCCAGCGUGCUUGGAUUUCAACAAGAAACUGGUAAUCAGAACGUGCGUCAAUGGUACAUGGGUCGGCGGAAAGUGUAUGGAAGUUUUAAGUGCGUGCGACGAGAACGGUUUUUACAAGCACGGCGAUUCCUGUUUCGGGAUUAUUUUUGGUGAAAGCUACGACACGCCUUGCCCGGAUGGAAGCUACAAGUACUACAACUAUACUCAACUAUCCAACAGCGAAAACUUCUGGAUGCCCUUGAAGAACAGGAAUGGAAGGUACAUUUACACGUCAAUCGAUAAAUUCAACGGAAUGGAAUGGUUGCCUAUGACGAGAAUGAACAAAGAUUGCAUAAUCAAAAACCUAACAGAUUUCGAGCAAGUCGAUUGCGCCUCUAAAUUCAACCAUAUGUGCAUCAAUAAAUCUCAUUUUAAGAUGCAAACUACAUCGAAAAAGAACGUUCGCUUAGAGUUGAAGCGCGAUUCAAAGAAGGAAAGAUUAAUCCUUAAAGUCUACUCUCCAGAAAAGCUAAUGAGGAUGUUAGACGAUGAGAGAAAAUACGCUAUUUACUGUUACACUAACGCCAAAAAGAACGCCUUGAAAUCUUUAGUUAAUCUUAAACAAGUAUACAAUAGCUCGGUGAACAGCCAAUCCAAACAGAUAGAGCAACUAUUGAUUUAUCAAAUUAAACCUGAAGAUUAUCCGGGACAGUACUGGUGCAAAGCUUACAAUUUAUCAGAAUCUGAAAUAAACUCGAAUACGUUGAUUGCUCAAAAGAAGGAAGUGGGUAACGAAUUUUCAUUAAAAAUUCGCAUUAUUAACAACAUUUGUCCCGAAUCUUGCAACAUAAGUACUGUGAGUAAACACCUAGAAAAUUACGGUUUGUACCGAGUAUUUUCAAGAAUCAAAAAGGAAAUACGCGUGAUGGAUUACCAAAAUAAUACUGUGCUUCUUCACAUAACAACCAAAAAGAAUAACGAUAUUUCCGAUGAUUAUAUGAAGUUGAUGAACGCUUCUAAUGAAAUCCCUACUGAAUUCAAAUUAGACUAUAUUCGGAGCAGCGAGUAUUGUUUACCUGAAAUGAGUAGUAACACUUAUUGGAAUUUGACUAGCUUAGGUACAAAAGUAGCUCCCAGAGAUCUUUGCUUGAAUCCUAGAGGAUUCCCGAUAACAAGGACGUGUUUGGGUGAUUUUUUGUAUGGAGCUUAUUGGAGCGAUAAUUUAUAUCAAUGCAACGAUCGAGUUUCUCUAAAUUAUAAAACGGAGAUACUCUACAAAAUAGCUACUGCAAAUAUAACAAGUAACGUUACUGAGACUAUAAAACAUAUUACUGCCGAUUCGAGCGAUUUGACUUCUGUGGAUUUCUACUUCGUUGCUCGGACUUUAUACGAUCUUUCAUCAAAGAAAGACAAGGAUGAGCAAGAUAAAGUCGUUGUUAAUUUAAUCGACACCAUUGAUAAUAUAAUGGCUGGAAAAGUGGAGGCUUUGAAGGAGUCUCAAGUACAUUUAAAUGCGACUGAUACAAUUUUGAACGCAAUUGAAAAUAUUUUGAUGAACGACAUCGUGGACGAAUAUUUAGGUGAUGGCGAUUUCUUGAUCAGAAAAGAUAAAUUCCUUGUGCACGUUACCAAACCAUUUAUGAGCAACAUCAGUGGUAUUGCUGUAUAUUCUAAUGGAGAAAACGAGAUUUUCGAUAAAGGCGAAGUGGUUAGAAUGAAGCUAAACCAAACUUUCGAUGAUUUAACCAAAGUUAAUUUAGAUUUGGCUGUUUAUGCUCCUCUGAAACUCUUAGAAAAUAUGAUCAUUGAUGAAGAAGAUAAACUUAAUCUGACUAUUAUAACAACUAUAUUUUACAACGAUAAAUUAUUUAAUACUGUAGAAGAAACUAAUUCCACGACUUUUGGUAAAGUUAUUAGUGUGAGUAUACCUAAUUUCGGGUUAUUUUUGGAGGAACCUAUACCACUUCUCUUCAGAAACAAGAUUGGAAAGGAGUUUGAUAGCGAAUGCGCUUAUUGGGAUUACGGUUCGAAUUCGCCUAAUAAAUCAGGGAGAUGGUCUUCGAACGGUGGGAAUUACAUGGAUUCUAAUGAUCAGGAAUUUUCUAAGUGCGCAUUCACUCAUUUGACCCAUUUCGCUUUAUUAAUAAUGAGUCAAAAGUUGCUGGUGCAUGAAGAUCAGGAGUGGCCUCAUUUCGAAGACUAUUUCGGUGAUAUCGAGGAUCACGACAGCGCUUUGAACAUAAUAACUAUUAUUGGUUGCGCUCUUUCUUUAUUUGGUAUAAGUGGCAUCUUCCUCACGGCUGUAUGCUUCAGGAAGUGGAGACAAAAGGCUGGAACUAAGAUACUUCUACAACUAUCAAUAACAAUUUCUUUGGAGAUUGUUGUAGUCCAUAUAGCUGAUUCUAAGUAUUUACCAAACGCGACUUGGGGUUGUAACGCUGUAGGAAUCUGUUUGCAUUACGUGGUUUUAUCUAAAUUUUCGUGGAUGUUCGUUUCGGCUAUAUUACAAUAUAUUCGUUUUGUUAAAGUCUUCGCAGUUCUUCCACCGAGAAUUGUAUUGAAAGCUAUGAUUUUCGGAUGGUGCAUCCCUUUGCUACCUGUGACUUUAGUUGUGAGUUUCAUGCCUAAUAACUAUAAUUUGGGAGUACAAAAUUUUUGUUACCCAACUGGUCUAGGUUUGUAUUUGGGGAUCUUCGCGCCGAUAGUUUUGAUAGUUACUGCAAAUCUCAUAGUAUUUACUUUAGUGAUGAAGAAUGUUUUGGAAAAUCGUAUUGAAGGCUGUGGAAAAUCUAGAAACAUGCUCAAGCUUCAGUUCUACUUAGCCAUCCUCCUGUUCUUCAUGUUGGGAAUCCCCUGGGUGUUCGGAAUCCUUGCAGAGUGGCUCGAGCAUUCAAUUUUGCAAUUGAUGUUCGUUUAUUUGUUCUGCCUCACAGCCACUCUGCAAGGCUUCGUUCUCUUCAUAUUUUACGUACUUCUCGAUAAAGAUACAAGAACCAUGUGGAAACGUAUCUUUAAAUAAGUGAAGGU